ACCUUCUGUUAACUCGACGAAAUACUGUGCUGCAUGCUACAGAGAGAGACCGCGCUGACUUCGGAAAUCUUCUGAGGAAUAUAUCUAAAUCUAGGGUAUUACAUAAUCAUUUUUGGAUUUAUCAUGAUGUGGUGACCUUGUGUGGUGACUGCUGUGGCAACUCUGAUGUGGUGAACUUUGAUGUGGUGAAUCUUGGUGAACUUUGAUGUGUUGAGUCUGAUGUGGAGUAUUCCUGCAUAUAUGAUGAUGACAACUGAUCAGCGGUUUUAUCAGGGAACUAUCAUGGUGUGGUACUUUUAUGCGGCAACUGUGGUAUUGCCUCUAAUACAGGCUGUGGAGGACACCUGCCGGACUAACUAUACAUACCGUGUGGAGAACACUAAUCUGGUCUGUGGCUGCUGCGCUCCGGGGUUUUACAAGGAAGCAGAUUGUCAGGAGUCAGACAAAUCUGCAGAGUGUAAGGCCUGCCCGUCUGGUCAAUUCAGUUUGUUCUCCAACCAGGCCACGAGUUGUCAGCCAUGUUCAACUUCGUGUCCAAGGCGCAAUUCUGAGAUCGUGAGUAACUGUACUACCCUGUCUGAUAUCGGUUGUGAGUGUCGAGAGGGAUUCUACAUGAAAUAUCGAUCUCCCACGGAGGGACUCUGUGUGCUACACUCCAAAUGUCAGCCAGGAUUUUAUGUCCAAAAACUAGGGACAUCAACAGAGGACACAGACUGUAUGCCUUGUCCAGAGGGAAUGUUUCAGGACCGUGAGAACCUGGACCCCCAAUGUAAGAACUGCAGCAGGUGUUCUGACCCCUCGAAGGAGACACAGGGCUGCUCCAGGCAAUCAGACACACAAUGCAAUGAUAAACCUACAUCUCAGUUUGAGAAUGAGAAAGAGACCACGCCCCCUGAGGUGGUAGGUGGGGCUAUUGCUGGGGUGCUAGUAGUGGUGGUAUUGGUGGCGUUAGUAGUGCUGAUCUGUUACAGGAAAGGUCAGCGCCCACCCUGUCUGAAGGUCGCAAGAACAGAAAGAUGUGAAGAGGGUGAGAUGCAGGACAUUAACACAUCAAAUGGCCACACCUCUGCAGACCCAGAGGAACAUAUGGGAAUAUCAAGAUUACCUGAAAACGGCCAGCACUUGUAUUCACUUAUCAAACCAAAUACAGUGGAUUCUCCCAAGCGAGAUAAAAAGCCGGUGAGCCGUCGAGUGUUAGUAGAGAGGAGCUGGGGAGAUCUUUGUCUUUUACUUCAAAAAGAACUUCCCAUUGGAGACUGGAAGUUUGUCAUCAGGGAACUCUUUGCUACGGUCGGGAAAUCUGCUGAUCGUGUCCUAGAGGAACAUGAGGCGAAUCACCCACGGAACGUAAGGGAACAGAUUUACUGCUGCCUUCAGAGUUUCAGUCAACAGACCGAUCUGUGUUCUUUUGAUCUCCAGAAACUAUCAAACAUCUUAUGUAAUCAUGAGCAUAUCGAACUAGCAGAGAAAAUUCAGGAUGAUAAUCGUUUUAACCCAUUGUUUCCUAACAGAUUGCCAGACAACAGUUGUGCAGAAUUUGGUGAUGUUGCCAGAACUCAGUGAUCUAAUUUACAUAUCAUUGAAAACUUGCACAAAAAGAAUUAUUUUUAUAAAUGUCACAAAUGUAAUAGUCUAAUGGAGGAUUCCUCAUAAGUUUAUUAUACCCUCAACUAGAAAAAUUCAAUUUAUGUAUUUAUGUUAGUCAGCACUUUUGUUGCUGAUAGAAUAAUAUAAGAAUAUAUAAGAAUAAGAUAAAUACAGUCAAACCAUGUUAUCUCGAUUUAAUGGGGACCGAGAAAAAUCUGCGAGAUAUCGGAGGGUUCGAGAUAUCAAGGGUAGAAUAUUUAAGAAGUAUGUGGGUAGGACUUUCCAUUCACUUCGACAUAUCCAUGGUAUUCGAGAUAUCCGUGUUCGAGAUACCGUAGUUCAACUGUAUUUGAUAUUUAUAGAAAGACUCAACUUUGAUAAUUAUUACUCUUCAGUGCUAUUAAAAAAAACUUUAAGGAUAAAUAUGUGUGUAGUUUUAGGUAGAAUUACAAAGAUAUAUGGUCAUAUUUAUUUGAAUACAGAUUAAUUUUGGGAAUAUUCAUAAUAGAAUAGGAAUAGAUUAGGGAAAUAAUUUUUUUUUUAAAUUUGUAAUUUGAAGUCAUAAAUCUGCUGUAAUUAGUUUAAGACUUCAUUAUAAUGGCUGUGCCUACAUUGUACUAAGUCAUUUUUUUUUGAUACUAUAACUGUCAUUGUUAAGAUAUAUACCAAAACUGACAAGCUUUAAUUUGUUUAGCAUUCAUGAUUGUAAAAAUUAAUUUGUAACUGAAAUGACUGUGA